UCAUGCUGCUGCCAAGUCCAGAGUCUCUCAUGGGUCCCUGUACCGCCUCCCAUUGCUGCUGUCUCCAUCGCCACACUCUGCCAUGUGCCACUUUCAGGUCUCCUCACACUGCUGGUGUGUUGAAUUUUUUGACAUAGGGUGCUGGCAGAUUACGGGCCUCCUAUAGCUGCUGCCAGGCCCCUAAUCUGCCAUGGGCCCCUAUACCGCCUCCUCAUGCUGCUGCCAGGUCCAGAGUCUCUCAUGGGUCCCUGUACGGCCUCCCAUUGCUGCUGUCUCCAUCGCCACACUCUGCCAUGUGCCACUUUCAGGUCUCCUCACACACUGCUGGUGUGUUGAAUUUUUUGAC